CUCCUCUCUCUCCAAUACGAGAACAACACGCCUAAGAGGGGGAAAAAAAAAAAAACCAAAACAAAGAAACUCUGCUCUCGCUCUGUGUUCUUCAACAUCAUCAAGAACCCUAUUCUCUGAAUUCGAUCGAUUUUCACAGAAGAUCGCGAGGAAAAACAUACAGGCAGGGUUUUUAAACGAAAACAAUCCGCCAUGUUUAACCGCUUAUUUGGAAAACCUAAGCAGGAAACCAAUGCUCUAACUACGUUAGACAAAUUAAACGAGACACUUGAAAUGCUAGAGAAAAAGGAGAAGGUGCUUCUUAAAAAGGCAGCUGCCGAAGUUGAAAAGGCUAAGGAAUUCACCCGAGGGAAAAACAAAAGGGCUGCAAUUCAAUGUUUGAAGAGGAAGAGGCUGUAUGAGCAGCAAAUAGAACAACUUGGGAACUUUCAAUUGCGCAUUCAUGAUCAGAUGAUAAUGUUAGAAGGUGCAAAAGCUACUACUGAAACUGUAGAUGCAUUAAGAACUGGUGCAGCUGCUAUGAAGGCAAUGCAGAAAGCAACGAAUAUUGAUGACGUGGACAAGACGAUGGAUGAGAUCAAUGAGCAGACAGAGAACAUGAAACAGAUUCAAGAAGCAUUAUCAACCCCCAUUGGUGCUGCAGCUGAUUUCGAUGAGGAUGAAUUGGAGGCAGAACUUGAAGAACUGGAAGGAGCUGAAUUGGAAGAGCAGCUUCUUCAGCCAGCAACAACAGCUCCUGCUGCUCCAGUGCAGGUCCCAACUGGCAAGAAACCAGUUCCUCAAAAACGCACAGCUGAGGAAGAAGAACUUGCUAACUUACAGGCUGAGAUGGCCCUUUGAGCAGGCAUCAUGUUCGAGAAUGAAGAGAUUAUUUAUAGAUUGGCCAUGUUGUAUGAUAGAGUUUCUGCCAGUCCUACGCAUCCAGUGUGCAUUGAAACGUGAACAGACAAUGUAUAUAAAGAUUGCGUAAGCUGAAUUUAGUUCUUCAAAUUUGUAUCCUGCCUCGUGGAGCUUUCGAUUGUGUUCGUUAUCCUUGGUUCUUACUCUGCAGGGUUGUCUUGAAUUACUUUUUAUCAUGAUGUGUCACCAACUUGGUAAUCUUCAAUUAUCGUUCAGAAUAUAGUGAAUAAUUGAAUAUAAUAUCCCCUUGGUAUCACUGUUUUA